CACACCACCCAGUGAGGGUAUUUAAAGGCUGCCCUCCCGUCCCUGAACAUCCUGGUACCAAGUUCUGCUGUUGAGACGCACUUCACUGCUCACAACCCAAAGAACGAUGGCCUCAGUUCUUUACUUGGCUUUGUUCCUCUCUCUGAGCUGCGUUCUCUGGAACGGAGUCGAUGCUACAUCUCUUCCCACAACUCCUGCUCCAACUCCUCGACCUACAACUCGACCUCCUACUGUUCGUCCACUUCCUCCUGCUAGCUGUCCCUCUGGUUGGACUAAGUAUGGAAAUCGCUGUUUCCUCUUCCGGAAUGUUAAGACUGACUGGGCUUCUGCUGAGCGUGCCUGCACUGUUUUAGGUGCACAUCUGGCCUCCGUCCACAACAGCGCUGACCAAAGAUUCCUGAAGAAUCUGGUCUACAGUAAGAAACGAUCGUACGUGAGAACCUGGGUCGGAGGUCAUGAUGCUGAGAAGGAGGGUGUGUGGCUGUGGAGUGACGGGUCAAAGUUCACCUCCGCCCCGUGGGGCAGCGGGGAACCAAACAACGCUGGUGGAAAUGAAAACUGCAUGGAGAUCAACGCGGGAGGAUCAGCUCUGUUUCUGAACGAUAUAGCGUGCAACAAUAAUUUUUUCUACAUCUGUGCCAAAAGAGUCUAACUCCUCCCUCUUCCUGAGAAAUCCAACAUGACCAUGUGACCUUCUCACUGGUGAUGUCACUUCCUCCAGGAUGUCAGGCUUCGAUGGCGUCGCUGCUGGAAGACACAAGGAUAAAAUCUGAUUUCCAAUAAAUCUGUUGCAUGAAGAAA